GCGGCGGGGAGGGGCCGCAGCGGAGCCGCCGGCGGCAGCGGGACCGGGGCGGCGCCGGGGAGGGGGCCGCUCCGUCUUCGCUCCCCUCUGAUGUACCGGGGUGCCGCUGAGCCUUGCUCGCUGAUUGGCUGAGGAGAAGGGGGGGGUCAGACCCCCUUGCGGUGACGUCACGGGGGUUUGUUGAGACUGAGAGGGGAGAAAAGUCGUGAUGAAGAACCAAGGUGGGGAGACCAAAGCUGCUCCGCGGCCUGCUAGUUCUUCCAAAAUGAGCAGCAGCCUGGUGCUGGAGGAAGGCGACUUACCUGAGGCCGCAGCACCCCUUGCAGCUCCUCUCGCACAGGAGGACACGAAGUCCUCCCGGCCUGCCGUGCGUGACGUCUCUGAAGAGCUAAGCAGACAGCUCGAGGACAUCUUGAACACGUACUGUGUGGAUGCCAGCCAGGAGGGUCCCGGUGAGGACGGUGGACAGAGUGAGCCCGCGGAGCCGGAAGAAGCAGAGAAGUGUCGUAGCGAGUCCCCGAGGAACGGCGACCAGGAGUCGGGCAGUCCUGAGAUGAAUGGGGAGAAAGAAAGCUCGAAGGGGACCGAAGAGUUUCGACCUGGCGAGGAGUGUGGGGAGCGGGAUCAGAAGAGGGCUCAGGAAAAGAAGAAAGCCAAAGGCCUUGGCAAAGAAAUCACUUUGCUGAUGCAGACGCUGAACACCCUGAGCACGCCAGAGGAGAAACUGGCGGCACUGUGCAAGAAAUACGCUGAGUUGCUGGAAGAACACCGUAACUCCCAGAAACAGAUGAAGAUCUUGCAGAAGAAGCAGACGCAGCUGGUGCAAGAGAAGGACCACUUGCAGAGCGAGCACAGCAAGGCCAUCCUGGCCCGCAGCAAGCUGGAGAGCCUGUGCCGCGAGCUCCAAAGACACAAUCGUACCCUCAAGGAAGAGGGUGUCCAGCGUGCACGAGAGGAAGAGGAGAAACGGAAGGAGGUGACAUCCCACUUCCAGGUGACGCUGAACGACAUCCAGCUCCAGAUGGAGCAACACAACGAGAGGAACUCCAAGCUGCGGCAGGAGAACAUGGAGCUGGCAGAGCGGCUCAAGAAGCUCAUCGAGCAGUAUGAGCUGCGGGAGGAGCACAUUGAUAAGGUGUUCAAACACAAGGACCUGCAGCAGCAGCUGGUGGAUGCCAAGCUCCAGCAAGCGCAGGAAAUGCUGAAGGAGGCAGAGGAGAGACACCAGAGGGAGAAGGACUUUCUGCUGAAGGAAGCUGUGGAGUCACAGAGGAUGUGUGAGCUGAUGAAGCAACAGGAGACCCAUCUUAAGCAGCAGCUGGCUCUAUACACAGAGAAGUUUGAAGAAUUCCAGAACACCCUUUCCAAAAGCAGUGAAGUGUUCACAACGUUUAAGCAGGAAAUGGAGAAGAUGACUAAGAAAAUCAAGAAGCUAGAGAAGGAGACCACUAUGUACCGUUCUCGCUGGGAGAGCAGCAACAAGGCUCUCUUGGAAAUGGCUGAAGAGAAAACCCUUCGAGAUAAGGAAUUAGAGGGGCUUCAGGUGAAAAUCCAGCGCCUGGAGAAACUGUGCCGAGCCCUGCAAACGGAGCGCAACGACCUCAAUAAGAAGGUGCAGGACCUGUGUGCCCACGCGCCCCGGGUAGACGCGGACCUGUCGGAGCCUUUGAAGGACCCAUCUCGGGACGGCUCUGAGGCGGCAGCAGGAGGUGCGCCGGCAGAGCAGCGCCCGGCUGAGGAUUGCCUUCACUCAGGAAAGCCGACACACAGCACGGACCCUGCGGAGAGCCCGGGAGAACUGAGCAUAGGAGCCUUGGGGCAGAGUGGGACUGAGGAACGCACGCAGGGCGCUGACUGAGCCUGCUGUGCAGUAGCCAGAGGUAGGGCAAGGGAGGGUAACAUGAAUGUUUCCACAGACUUGACCUGAUACCCCUCUCCCAGUCCUUGGACAGGUGUGAGGGGACAGCCCUCCACGGGCUUUGAGAUUUCCUAGUUUAGGUUUUUGGAGGGUUUUUAAAAUUAUAUAUAAAUAAUGAUAUAUAUAAUGAUAUAUAAAAUAAUGUGCAGGGCAACAUACACUUUAUAUAUGGAUAUAUAUGAUAACUACAAUGACCCACCUCCCUGUAUGUGUGUGAAUAAUAUAUGGAGACUCAACUGAUCGUCCUUUCACUAAAAGACCUUGUCAUUGGCAGGCUGUGACUCCCCUAAAAUCUAGCACAGCUCAGGAAAGCAGGUGUGUGGAACUGCCCCGGCCCUCCUCCAGCCUGCGGCACUGGGACAGAUGGAUGUGUCGCCUCCUCCAGCUUCAGAUCAACGCGCUCAAGGAGAGUUAGAGCUAAGAAGGGGAGAGCCAAUGUGUUUCCCAGCACUGGCUUCUCCCUUCCUCCUCUGGAUCCAGCCUCAGGCAGGAGGGAGCUCCUGGACUUGCUCUAAUUUUUUGUUUGUUUGUUUUGUUUUUUUCACGUCCUGACUGGCAGCUCUCUCUACUCUGUGAGCUGAGCAAACGGGGGAGAAAGAGGCUGUCUUUCCUCUGUUGUCUGGGUUUUGUGUAUUGAAUGGGAACAAAAAGAAGCAGAGUAAUUGUGGGUGCCUGGUACACACAGGCCCCCCAUGGGGCCUUUGCUAUUCCCAAAACCUGCCAAUGUCUCAAUAGCCUUAUGAUUCACAGUUGCCUCUUUGCUAUACGCACAUGUGCACAAGUGUAUUAAACAGUUAAUCCAAAGGUCUAAUUCCUAAAUGUUUUGCACAAGCGCGUGUGACCAGUUGUGCAAGGGGACAGAGAAGUCCUUUCCCCUGAAAUCCUCUUCCCUGCAUUUGGACCUCCAGGCGCCCAUCCCACGGUGCUGAGUGGGGCAGUCUCAGAGGUGUCUAUAGAGCUGGGUUUCCAGGAGAAUAAACCCUGUCUGCUCCUUGA